GCGGAUGAAAUAAAGUAAUUUUAGUGGCUAAUGUGAACUUUACUAGAAAUUCAAGUGAUCAAACUUGCAUGGAAAUUAGAAAACAUAAAGGGAAUAAAAAAGACAAGGAGGAAACUUCUAUAUCACCCGCCGGUGACCCAAACAUUCCCAAAACGCCAAAAGCCUACGUCACCACUUCUUCUUCUUCUUCUUUCACCUCCUGUAUUUUUCUUUUCGUCCUGCACCAUUUGUUUUUCUUUUCUCUGAAGAGUCCAGUUCAAGGCCUACAGAAAAAGAAUUGCUCUUUUUACUCUGUUUCACGCCCAUCUCGUCCCUUCCCUUUUCCCCACCCAUUUUUUUCGGCUUCCAAACAGCUUCUUCACUCAUUCAUUCCCACUUAAGAUAUCCCCUGCCUCAGCCAUCUGAAAAGUGAAAAACAAAUUUGUUUGUUGUUUCCCGGAAAAAGAAGGCUGAAUAUUAAAUGCCACUCUACCUAUUACCCAUUUUCUUCACUGCAGACUGAAAUGCCGCUGCCGUUCUUCCUAGAUCCGGCUACGACCGGUACACUUUGAAAGUUUCUCAGCGCUUGACCAUUCUAGUGUUGUCCACUAAAGAACCGACAGAUUUGUAGGGGGAAAUGGGAGUUCUGACCGAGAAAUGGUGCUUCUGUAAAGGAGUGGGGAAGUCGGAGAGAAUGCAGGCCGCCAUUUUCUCCGGCAAGGGUUCGGCCAUGGCCAGGAUCUCCGGUGGAGCUGGGACUCAAGUUCCCGGGACUGGGUUCUUAAUCCACAGGAAUCUCCUAUUGACUACUCAUGUUAAUAUUCCCUCUGUCACUGCCGCCGAGAGCUUGGAGAUCCGCAUCCACAACGGCGUCGCCGCAACCCUAGCCCCCCACAGGUUUUUCAUCACAAGUUCUGUGUUGGACCUUACCAUAGUUGGUUUAGAUGCUGCUGCGGAUGGAGACUCCAACGGCCAAGGGCAGCUGCAGCAGCACCAGCCUCAUUUCUUGAAGACCUGUCCUAAACCAAACCUAGAUCUAGGCAGCGUCGUUUACUUCCUGGGUUACUUGGAGAAAGAAGAGUUAUCUGUUGGCGAGGGAAAAGUCGUCAUUGCUACUGAUAACUUGGUAAAACUCUCCACUGAUGGCAUAACGUGGCGCCCUGGUUCUGCUGGGUUUGAUGCACAGGGCAACCUUUCGUUCAUGAUAUGCGACCCCAUGAAAUUGGCCACAUCUCCAAACACUAACAAAUCUUCUUCAACUUCAUCUUCGUCAUCAUCAUCAUGCAACAAGAGAGAUUCUCCUAAGCAAUUUGGUAUCCCCAUUCCCAUCAUAUGCGAUUGGUUGAACCAACAUUGGGAAGGAAGCUUGGACGAGCUAACCAAACCGAAGCUGCCCAUUAUCAGAUUGAUGUCUGCUGGCCAGAAGAGUGAGCAUUCAUGUACAUCGUUCUCACUUCGCCAAGUCUUCAAGUCUCCAGAAGCUGAACAGGAUAAAACUCCAGCAGUAGCAUCAUCAUCAUCAUCCAAAAACGUGGCUGCAGCAAGCACUGGCAAUGGCAAUGAAGAAAACACCAACACUUCUUCUGAUCCCAAUGCUACUGCUGCACAUGUGCAGGGAAUCCCUACACCUGAAAUAUAUGAAUCAGCAAGGCUGACUGCCUUUCCUGUUCGAAAGAAAGAAACUGGGCACAAACAGCUUCUUGAUAUUAAUUUCCCUCCCAAGAUUGCCAAAGCUGACAGAAAGUUGCUGCCUAGUAACUGUGAUGAGAAGAGCUAUGUUGGUCAAUCUUCUCCAAACGGACAUUCUAGUCCUGAAGCUGAGAUCUCAUCUACAGGUUCGGUGAAUGGGGGAAAGAGUGAAGUUCAGUCGAGUUCCUCUCCUGUGGAGGGCCCGGAAUUGCAUAAUAAUAACAAUAGUAAUACAGGAUAUAGUAGUGAGGGAGAAACUACAAUGUACUCAGCAGAGACUGCAGAGAGCCGGAAUUACACGAGUCCUCGAGAAGGUAAGUUUCAGCAAGUCGGGAGGAGUCAGAGUUGUGUGAGCUACAAUAGAUGGACAACAACUGUGCAAAGGAAACCAAUGCCUCGUAGGACAAUGCUAGAGCAGCAGAGGAGCUUUAUUCAUGGAAGGAAGAUGUCGUCUCAAGGGGCGACUUCCCAGAGGAGUAAUGACUACUUUAGCCCUACGGUGUCCUCGGUUAUGAAGAAUAGAACCAGUGCAGAGCCGCCAGUUAGGCAGAGAAAGCCACAAGGUCCUGCUGUUACUGUUCACUCUUCUCCUAGGUGGAUGUUUUGAUACGUUAUGAUGUGUAACAACAUAGUUGCAUGUUUGUGCAGUUCCGAAAUCUUUCACCAUAAAUGAGAAAAUCCAGGCAGGGUUGUUGUUUUGCCAGGCUAAUUAAUUUUAUCUCUGCCUGUGCACAACUCUUGUCAACUCUUGUUAUAUUCAAAUCCCUUGUGCACCCUGGUGGA